CUUCUACCAGUCAAAACCACCGCCCUGCUUGACUGCAAAGUAUUUCUCCAGCUUCCGAUAAGUAAAUGGACCUCUCACCAGCAGGUCACUGACUGGAGCAGGGAUGGCCAACGGGGAGAUCAUCAUCCUCCCCUUCCACGAUUCCGGUCACGUCUUUCCCGCCACCGAGCUCGCCUCCCGCCUCGCCGCCCGGAACUACUGCGUCACCCUUCUCCUCCCUUCGGCUCCCUCCACCAACUCCUUCCGUCUCAGUCCCCUCAUCCAAAUUGUGGAGCAUCCCAGGGUUCAUCCUCCAUCAGCUCCGCCGGCGUCGUCCUCUCCUCCAUCAGCUCCGCCGGCGUCGUCCUCUCCUCCUCCCGCUCCGCCCUUUCAGGAGGAUUUGUCGCUCUUUCGAGACCUCCUGCACGAGAGGAUGGGCGGGGAGGAUCGAUCCGCUCGCCCGGUGUGCGCCAUCGUGGACGUGAUGAUGGGCCAGGCGCUCGAUGUGUGCCGCGAGUUCGGCCUGCCCGCGGCUAUCUUCUUCACUUCCAGCGCUUGCUCGGCCGCGAUGGAUUACGCUGCGGCGAAGAUAAGAUCUGGAGAAUCCGACGCGCUUCGAGGUUUGCCGGAGGAGAUGGCUCUGCCGACCGUAGACCUGAUGCGGGCCGGUCCGCCUCCGUUACGUCCGAGCGGCGAUCUUGCUCCGCCACCGCCUCCAUUCGAGCAUCGUCACCACGGUGGAGGGCCGAUCCCUCCGCCUUUGGUCCCAGGUGGCGAUCUAGCUCCGCCACCGCUUCCAUUCGAACAUCGGCACCAAGGUGGAGGGCCGAUCCCGCCUGGUCCGCCGCCGGCCCUCGCACAAAUGGACGGCGCGAUCGCCCUUCUCUUCAAUACGUGCGACGAUCUGGAGCAUCCAUUCCUCGAAUACCUAGCGAGCAAAGCGAAAAAGCCGAUUUGGGGCAUUGGCCCUCUCCUCCCGUCUCAAUUUUGGUCCGCUGCGGGCUCCGUCCUUCGCGACGGUGCAAUCAGGUCCACGACCGGAAAAGGUAACCCCGGCGCCAUCUCAGAAUCCGACGUCAUCGAGUUCCUCGAUUCAAAGCCCCAUGGUUCCGUGCUCUAUGUCUCCUUCGGGUCGAUCGUCAUCCCCAGCGACGAGGAGCUCCAGGAGCUGACGGAAGCUCUCAAGGAGUCGAGCCGCCCGUUCAUCUGGGCCUUGCAACGACACACACGGCGACCCGGCGCGCCCAAGGUCUAUUUCCCAGAGGGGCUGGCGGAGGAGGCCAAGGGAAGGGGGAUGGUGAUCCACGGCUGGGCGCCGCAGCUGUUGAUACUGAGCCACCCGGCCGUAGGGGGGUUUGUGACGCACUGCGGGUGGAACUCAACGGUGGAGGCGCUCGGCCUCGGCGUGCCCGUCCUCGCGUGGCCGGUGCACGGCGACCAAGUUUGGAACGCGAAGCUGGUGGUGCGGAGGCUGAGGACGGGGUUGGCCGUGAAGGGCGAGAGCGGAGGGAUGGUGAUGAGGAAGGAGGUGGCGGAGGGGAUCGAGCGGCUAAUGCGAGACGAGGAGACGAGGAAACGGGCGGCGACAGUGGCAUCGGAAGUGUUUACCGGUGGGGCGAUCAAGAGCUCGGAGGCUGCUUUGGGCACGUUUCUAGAGUUCAUGGACAGCAAGCGUAAGGUCUCCGAGGCAAAGGAAACACGCGGACUGUGAUUCGCACUGCCGACGAAGGCUGAGGAGAUUACGAGCAACAAGAAAAAAAAAAAUAAUGAUAGACUCAGAUUUUGUAUUGUAUACGGUUAUGGGGUAAAUGAGCCAAAUCGUUUGUAAGUUAUUCGAAGUAAUGAGGUUCGUUAAGAUAAAUAAAUCAAGUUCAAGUUUUACAA